AUGACCAUCCUAGCAAUCUCAAGGCUUGACCAGCCAACAACCAUUUCCCGUGCUCUCGUCACCAAAUGUCCCCGCCCAAUCCCAAAUUCAUAUUGGGCCACUCCUCUUCUUCUCGCCUGUGAAUAUCCCUGGACACCUUUCUGUUUCACCAACCAAAAACUCGACGCCCUCCUUGCCGCAGGUGUCCGGACCUUCAUAGACCUCACAGAAGCCGGCGAACUCUCGCCCUACACCCCCCAUCUCGCCUCUCAUGCACGUGAACACGGAAUCGACGAAGCCUCGAUCGAGUACCACCGCUUUCCAAUCCAAGACAGAUCUCUUCCAGCCUCUGUCGACUAUGUCCGCCAGAUUCUCGACGUGCUCAGACAGAACGAGAGGAAGGGGCGAAUUAGUGCAGUGCACUGCCGUGGUGGCAUUGGGCGCACGGGCAUGGUCGUUGGUUGCUGGCUAGUGGAGUGCGGCUUGGCCCGUGACGGUGAGGACGCGCUGAAGAUCAUCGCAAAAGAGUGGAAGACAGUUGAAAAGUUCAAACGCUUCCCGCACAGUCCAGAAACUGGCCCUCAAUUCGAGUUUGUGAAGAACUUUCAGAUCUCGCGUAUGGUGAUGGUGUGA